CAUAUGAGAGACUCGGCAGACACUCAGAGAUACUCACACAGGUACCGAGCGUAAGAGAGAUCCUGUCAUCUUUACCAUUAUAUUGGCUAACGUUUAUUAUUUACAUACUUUGAAGUCACGUAAAUCAAUUUCAUCCGUAAAAUUGAGUUUGCGUAUAUUGCGUAUGCCAGCUGAGCCGAACAGGUGGCGCGUUUGUGAAGUUCCGCUGAGCGUUUAGGGACAGGGAUUCAGAUGUCCCAUUCUCACGAGGCUCUUGGUGUAGCACGUAGGAGAGAUCCGUGGCGAUACUAGAUUUAAAGGACAACAGGUUUUACUUCAACAGGCGCAGGGAUGCCCGACGCCGGAACAGAUAUGGGGAUGGACCACGGGAGAAUUUUUGGGGUGAAACCAUCGAAAGCCCAUGUGUCCAAAGGCACAGAAAACAACCCUCCGUCGUCCCUGGUCAGCGGUCCCACUGCAGACAUCCUGAAAAACUUUUAUCACACGAAGAGAGUGGGAAAUUAUCUUAUCGGAAGGAAGCUGGGAGAGGGGUCGUUCGCCAAAGUGCGCGAGGGGCUGCACGCGAUCACGGGCGAGAAGGUGGCGGUGAAAGUAAUUGACAAGAGGAAGGCCAAAAAGGACUCUUACGUCACAAAGAACCUACGUCGUGAAGGACAAAUCCAGCAAAUGAUCCGUCACCCGAACAUCACCCAGCUUCUGGACAUCCUGGAGACGGAGAACAGCUACUAUCUGGUUAUGGAGCUCUGCCCUGGUGGAAACCUCAUGAACCUCAUCUACGAGAAGAAAAAACUGGAUGAGAGAGAAGCACAGAAAUAUGUACGACAGCUAGUAAUGGCGGUGGAGCACCUGCAUAGGGCAGGAGUAGUACACAGAGACUUAAAGAUCGAAAAUCUUCUUCUGGAUGAACAGGACAACAUAAAGCUGAUCGAUUUCGGGCUCAGUAACUGCGCAGGAAUUCUAGGAUACUCUGAUCCCUUCAGCACCCAGUGUGGGAGCCCAGCGUACGCCGCCCCUGAGCUUCUCUCAAGAAAGAAAUACGGCCCUAAAGUGGAUGUCUGGUCAAUAGGUGUCAACAUGUACGCUAUGCUGACCGGUACGCUUCCAUUCACGGUGGAGCCUUUUAACCUGAAAGCCCUGCAUCAGAGAAUGGUGGACAAAGACAUGAACCCUCUACCUCCAUCUAUCUCUUCAGCUGCCAUCAGCCUCGUGAAGAGACUCCUAGAGCCGGACCCUGAAAAGAGACCCAACAUCCACCAAGUGAUGGCCGACUCCUGGUUGCAGCUGGGCAAUCCUCAUACAGGAGUUCCUUACUUAAACAGAAUCCACAUUGAGGAGAUCAACCACACGGUUUUGCUACACAUGACCGAGCGAAUGGGCUACAAGCAUAGCGAGGUGCUGAGCGCGGUGCUGACCAACAAAGCUUGCCACACGCUGACCGUAUACUUCCUCCUCAACAACAAGUUAAAGAGGCUCUCCAAAGAGUACAGGGAGAAACAGAACAACAUUGAGAAGGAGAAAAAGAUUGAGCUUUUUCAGACCCAGUGGAGAAAGCCCAUCGAAAAGAUCACAAUUCCACCAAAGCAGACACCUGUGUAUCUCGCCGUGAGCAAAGGCCCGACCAAAUUGAAGAAGCACAGAACAGGUCUUCUGAAAGCUGUGACUGGGGGUUUCAAAGACGUUUACUCAGGACGCAGGGGUUGCAUUACCUCCUCCUCUCUAGAGUUCCUGGAAAUCCCGCCCCUCUUUCCUAACACCACACAGCCAUCACAUCCCCAACCCGAGACCCAGCCUCUCAAGAAGGACAGCUCCAAAGAACCCCCAAAAGCUGCCCCCAUUCGGCCCCCAUCAUCCCUCGGUGCUCAUUCGUGGGCUUCUGCGAGCAAGGAACCAAACAAGGAAUCUCCUCCGUCCCCGUGGUACAAGUUGACCAACGGCGCUCUCUCGCCGCCUCGGCACGUGUCGGCCUUCCAGCCCGAUAGCUCGUACUUAAAAAAGGCCACAAUCCCAAGCCCACCAGUUCUUAUCGUCAAACCCCAACCCAGGAAAAUUUCACCACAGUCCACCCCAGACUGGCACAGCUCUACGGAUUCAAGCGGUAGUCCGCCCAGCAGCGGGGCUAGCGACGAACCGGACAGUCCUCAGCACCGUAGCAAGUUUCCUUCGAUGGGCAUCGGGCAGAUUUUAAAGAAAAAAGUAUCACCGUUCAGCUUCCAGUUGCCGCCCUUUAGGCCGGAGCCCGCCAUCGAGAUUGAAUCUCCGACACCGUACCACAUGCAAACUUUGCUCUGUGCCUCUGGGGCUCUCAAAACCCUUUGCUGACAAAUUCGUGCAGUCUCUGCAAAAGAUUAGAUAAUGUCAGUAUGCAGUAACAUUAGCUCACCAACAAUGUUAUCAUAGCUUGUAUAGUUGGGCUUCCAACUUGACAGAAAGCAGAUUUACAUCCAAGCUGACAGUGAGUUUGGCAAGCGUCCCAAGUAUGCACAUACAAUUACCUUGGGUGAACACCGUGUACAUGGGUCUGUAGCAUAGCAGCAGACCGGUAGACGCUAAAAAAAAAAUCAAAUUCACAAGCCACAGCACGCUUUUAGUCAAAUGCUAUGUAGCUACUAAACCACCUAUACUUUAAAUGCACAAGUUAACGUCCGUGCAACAAAGCUGUCACUGCCCACGAUAGCAACACUAGUGUUUACUACUACUACUAACAUGCAUAAGUGUUAAAAAUCUCUGGGUUUGUGUACAGUAAUACAAGACUGUUAAUGAGCUGUUGGAGAGGGUUCAUUUUAAUACUUUUUUACUGUAAUUAACCUCAAAUUGUAAUGACACUCAGGUCAAUGAUGCUGAACUAAAGAAAAUGCUUCUGGCUCACUUUGAACCUGUGGUGUUCAUUUAAAGAAAACAUUCCUCGCUUUCUUCCCCCGUAGGGGAUUGCUGGCAUUUCGUAUAGCCUUAAAUAUCUUAAAUUCAGCCUUUUAGGCUACAAUAGGAGAUUUCCAGUGUUAUUCAAACUCAGUGUGUUUGAUCUUGAGUCAUUUUACAUGAAAAGCAUCAUGUUGAGAUUAUAGCUUGUGCAAUAGUUUGUGUAUAUAUAAAUAUAUAUAUACAUAUUCGAAGGCUAAGAUGGCAAUGACACAGGAUGAUGUCUUUUCUUUACAUCGGACGAAAGAGAUUUAAAAGAGCUUGUAAAUAAUACGCAAGUGUCUUUCAUCAUGUGUUAAACAGUGAAUCGUGUUCUCAUUUUACAUUGUACUAGAAAUGAUACAGUCUGACCUCUUUACAAGUCUUCACGUGCACAGAAGACUAGCUGUCGAUGAACAAUUUUUUUCUGAUUUGGUACACUUUUGCAUGCAUGCAAGAAAAAAAAUGUGAUGUCAGUUUUUUGUGACAUGUCUUUGUACUUUUGUUAUACGGUGAAGAUGAAUUUGAAGGGUUUUUGUACAUUUUUGUAUUCAUUUGCUUUUUAGAUUUUUAUGCUGUAAAAAAAGAUUUGAAAUAUUUAUAUUUAAAGAUUAUUCUUUGUGUUAUGAAUUUUUUAAAGCAGCAUGUAUUACAUUUUGACACAUUUGAAUAAACUCACAAUCAAUAAA